UGUGUGCCGUGCGGAGGGAGCCAGCCCCCCCCGGGUUGGCUGCCCUCCCCAUGACCCCAGGGGCCCAUGGAGCUGCACAUCCUGGAGCACCGGCUCCGGGUGGCGAGCGUGGCCAAGGCCGGCAUCCACCUCUUCACCCACGGGCUCCUCAAACUGGCCUUCCUCCCGGCCCGCACCCGAUGCAAAUUCUUCAGCCUGACGGAAACCCCGGAGGAUUACACCGUCAUCGUGGAUGAAGAGGGCUUUCUGGAGCUCCCGGCGUCGGAACACCUGAGCGUGGCGGAGGCCACCUGGCUGGCCCUCAACGUGGUGUCCGGCGGCGGCGGAGGCUUCUCCGGCUCCCAGCCCAUCGGCGUGACCAAGAUCGCCAAGUCGGUCAUCGCCCCGCUGGCCGACCAGAACAUCUCGGUCUUCAUGCUGUCCACCUACCAGACGGACUUCAUCCUGGUCCGCGAGCGGGAGCUGCCCUUCGUGACACACACGCUGGCGUCCGAGUUCACCAUCCUGCGAGUGGUCAAUGGCGAGACGGUGGCGGCCGACCUCCUGGGCACCAUCACCAACGGCUUCGCCAAGCCCAAGCUGGUUCAGAGACCGGUCAUCCACCCGCUGUCCAGCCCCAGCAAUAUGUUCUGCGUGACCAGCCUGGACCCCGACACCCUGCCCUCCGUGGCCACCCUGCUCAUGGACGUCAUGUUUUACUCCAAUGGAGUGAAGGACCCGGUGGGCGGCAACGAGGAGUGCGGCCACAUCCGCUUCUUCUCCUUCUCCCUCAUCGAGGGCUACAUCUCCCUGGUCAUGGACGUGCAGACCCAGCAGCGGUUCCCCAGCAACCUGCUGUUCACGAGCGCGUCGGGUGAGCUCUGGAAGAUGGUCCGGAUCGGCGGGCAGCCGCUUGGCUUCGAUGAAUGCGGCAUCGUGGCCCAGAUUUCUGAGCCCCUGGCAGCCGCGGACAUCCCAGCAUAUUACAUCAGCACCUUCAAGUUCGAUCAUGCACUGGUUCCCGAAGAGAACAUUAACAGCGUCAUUAACGCCCUCCAAGUCAGUCAGGCCGAGCAGCAGCGUUAGACGGGCCUGAGCCCUCACCUUCUCCUCCUCCUCCUCUUCCUCCUCCUCCUCCUCCAGUGCUCCCCCUCCCCACCUCCCCUCUCUCGCAGCGGAGCAGGAGCGCGGCCAGAGCAGCUGAGGGGCAGGGGGCUUCUCCCGGCCCCGUGGCCAGCGACCCCGCCACUGGCCGGCUGACCCCGGCUGACCCGGUGCCGUGGCAGGGCCUGGGAGGGGGGACUCACGUUCAACACUACUCUCUGCGGAGACCCCACCCCAGAGCCCCUCCGGUCUCCCGGAGGGACCCUCCCCGAGAAAGCGGGGGGCUCGCCCUCAACACUACACCCUCCGCGGAGACCCUACCCCAGAGCCCCUCCGGUCGCCCGGGGGGACCCUCCCCAACCUCAGCCCACACUCCUCACUCUGGGGAGGGGCUGCAUGACGGCCCCUUCCCACCCACCCCCAGUCCUAGGCCCUAGGACGGAUGCCCACCGCCGAGGGGUUUCUAGGCCCCGCUGCCAGGUCGGGGCAAGGAGGGGGCGCCUGACGGACAGGGACUCGAAAUCGGGCGGGGGUCUCCCCGGGGCCUCGUGCUGGGACGGCCGGACGGCCAUUCCUUCCGAGCCCCUGGACACUCCUUGCAACUCCCACGGGACCGGCCGGAACCUCGACGCCCCCGGCUGUUCCUGCCCAGAUGGGUACGGGGCAGGCGGUGGCGGGGUCCUCCGUCCUUCGAACCUUCGUGAAUUUGCACAAAAUUCAGAGAGAACCAAAACUGUAAGUUGCUUCUUCGUUCCUUGAAGGGGCGGGGGGCCAGGUCUCCAAGGCCGCAGCACCGGGGGGGACUUGAGGCCCACACGCUCACACUCACCCCCUUGGCACGUGGAGGCCGGGGCAGCCUCCCGCCCCAUCCCACCCGGAUCUUUGGGCCCCCUACACGUGCCCGAGACCCCUCACCCCGAAUCCCUCCGACCCAAUUCCCUGCCCUUUCUUUGGGAAGAAGGAAAGAAGCAACGAAUUCCUGGCGUUUCCCCAGACCCCUCCCCCUGUGCAGGUGCGAGAGAGCGCGUGUGCGUGCUUGAGCCCCUCGAAGGCUAAGGCUGUGGCGUCGCGCUGGCCGCAGCCUGGACCGCCUGACGUAGAAAUACCUGUGUUUUAUGUUUCUAUAGAUAUAUACUGUAUAGAGCAUAUAUACUUGAGCAAUAUAUAUGUUAAUAUAUGCCACGUGCAGCCCACCCGAACCCGGCCCACUUGGGUCAGUGGGGGCACGCUGGCCGUAUAUUUUUAAUUCAAGUAUAUAGGCAAUACGACCACGUCGAUCAGGUGUAAGAGGUUCUCAAACCAGCAGAAUGGAGCCCCGGCCUCCCCCCCCCCCCGGGGGACCCUUCCCCCAUUUGGGUCAGGGCCCUGCCCAUCCUGGGGAGGGUCGUACCUCCAGGCGGCGAAGGACGGGGCGUCCCGCUUGACGACCUCCUGGCCGGGAGGGGGCGCUGCCUUGACGGAUGGAAAGCAGGAGACGGGCCGGAAGGAAGGGAGGUCAGCGUGCGCACGUACGUGCGUGAGGGCGGGGCCGCCUUCACUGCCCAUCCCCGCCUCUUUAUCUGUAUGGCCGGGCUGGGAUUGGUCAGCGUGCGUGCGUAGGUGCGUACGUGCUGAGGCGUGCGUGAGGGCGGGGCCUGCCCACCCCCCGCCUCCUUAUCUGUAUGGCCGGGCUGCGAUUGGUCAGCGUGCGUGCGUGCUUACGUACGUGCGUGCUGAAGCGUGCGUGCGUACGGGGCCGCCCUCACUGCCCAUCCUUCCCCCCCCUCCCUUUUCAUUCAUUCAUUUAUUCAG